AUGCAACUUAUGCCAUUAUGCGAGAUUCUUCAAAAAGUUUUUGCUUUAGAAAACGUACUAAUUGAUACUCUGAAAUAUAUGGAAAGUUUGUCUAACAAUAAUAGUAUUAUUAGCAACUUUAUUCAGGGAUCUUUUUGGCAAUCUAAAUUACAAAAACAUAAUGGGCGUACUGUUUUACCUCUGUUCAUGUUCUUUGAUGAUUUCGAAAGUGGGAAUGUACUUGGUAGUCACUCUGGGAUUCACAAAUUAGGAGCAGUAUAUGUAUCUGUCGCAUGCAUUCCUCCAUAUCUUAUAACAGUUUUGUCUAAUAUUUUUAUGGUUCUCUGGUUUCAUUCUGCUGACCGAGAAGAGUUUAAAAACAAUAUUAUUUUCAAACCUAUAAUUGAUGAGUUAAAUUUUUUACAAAGUAAUGGCAUUGAAAUUAAUACACCUGUCUUUAAAGGAAAAUUAUACUUUGAAUUAAGUCUUAUCCUAAGUGAUAACUUAGGUUCACAUGCUAUGACUGGCUUUACCGAAAGCUUUUUUUCCAAUUUUCCUUGUCGGUUUUGUAUGAUACAAAGAGAUAGAUUGAAAAUCUUAUGUUAUGAAGAUGAAACUCUUCUCAGAAAUGUUGAGCAACAUAAUGUACACGUUAUCGAACAAAACAUUUCAGCAUCAGGAGUAAAAGAGUAA